UAGGUGGCAGAAACGCAGUCCUGCGUGACUUUGAUUCCUGCCUACUCACCGGCCACCCUCCUCUUACUCUGGAUGAUGUCAGAACAGGACCUGGCGGAUGUGGUGCAGAUUGCCGUGGAAGACCUAAGUCCCGGUCACCCAGUGGUCCUGGAGAACCACGUGGUGACCGACGACGAUGAGCCGGCCUUGAAGCGCCAGCGCCUGGAAAUCAACUGCCAGGAUCCCUCUAUCAAGUCCUUCCUGUACUCCAUUAACCAGACAAUCUGCUUGCGAUUGGAUAGCAUCGAGGCCAAGCUGCAGGCUCUGGAGGCCACUUGUAAGUCGUUAGAGGAGAAGCUGGACCUGGUCACGAACAAGCAGCACAGCCCCAUCCAAGUCCCCAUGGUGGCCGGCUCCCCACUCGGCGCGACCCAGACGUGCAACAAAGUGCGAUGCGUCGUCCCCCAGACUACAGUAAUACUCAACAAUGAUCGGCAGAACGCCAUUGUAGCCAAGAUGGAAGACCCCUUGAGCAACAGGGCACCGGAUUCCCUGGAAAAUAUCAUUAGCAACGCGGUGCCCGGGAGACGGCAGAACACCAUUGUGGUGAAGGUGCCGGGUCAGGACGACAGCCACAACGAGGAUGGGGAGAGCGGGUCCGAGGCCAGCGACUCUGUCUCCAACUGCGGACAGUCGGGAAGUCAGAACAUUGGGAACAACGUCACCCUCAUCACCCUGAACUCAGAAGAGGACUACCCCAAUGGCACCUGGCUGGGCGACGAGAACAACCCUGAAAUGCGGGUGCGCUGCGCCAUCAUACCGUCCGACAUGCUGCACAUCAGCACCAACUGCCGCACUGCCGAGAAGAUGGCACUGACACUGCUAGACUACCUCUUCCAUCGGGAGGUGCAGGCCGUGUCCAACCUCUCGGGCCAGGGCAAGCACGGCAAGAAGCAGCUCGACCCCCUCACCAUCUACGGGAUCCGGUGUCACCUUUUCUAUAAAUUCGGAAUCACGGAGUCUGACUGGUAUCGAAUCAAACAGAGCAUCGACUCCAAAUGUCGGACAGCUUGGCGGCGAAAACAGCGAGGCCAGAGCCUGGCCGUCAAGAGCUUCUCAAGGAGAACGCCGUCCUCGUCUUCGUACAGCACUUCAGAGACCGUAAUGAGCACGCCACCCCCCGCCAGUGAGAUGCCGCAGCCCCCACCACAGGCCCUUCACUACGCCCUGGCCAACGCCCAGCAGGUCCAGAUCCACCAGAUCGGAGAGGACGGACAGGUCCAAGUAAUCCCACAGGGCCACCUCCAUAUCGCGCAGGUGCCACAGGGGGAGCAGGUGCAGAUCACGCAAGACAGCGAGGGCAAUCUCCAGAUACACCACGUGGGACAGGACGGGCAGGUGCUGCAGGGCGCCCAGCUGAUCGCCGUGGCCUCUUCCGACCCUGCUGCCGCGGGAGUGGACGGCUCACCUCUCCAGGGCAGCGACAUCCAGGUCCAGUACGUCCAGCUGGCUCCGGUGACUGACCACACCGCUGCAGCUCAGACCGCAGACACCCUGCAGCCCCCCCUGCAGCCUGAGAUGCAGCUGGAGCACGGGGCGAUCCAGAUCCAGUAGGCGGGCCGGGCCACCCUCCCGCAGCCCACCCUAAGACAGAGCUGCUGCCGUGCCCGGCACCAGCCCCCGCCGGCCACCCCGUUCUCCAUGCGCCCCGGUCCCAUGGCUUUGCACGGAGGUGGCUGCACAUGUUCUGUUCAAGUGCAUCUGAAAGCCUCACCACGGGGAGAGUGUCCCAGUCCAGAGACGAGGUGACAGGAGCCGCCGCCGCCCUGUCCCGCUGUCGGCGUCUCGGGAAGAGUGGGGCAGCACAGCGCGGAGGCGUCACGUACACGCGGAAAAUCAAGAACGACGAUAUUUUUCUCUGUUCAGACAGCUUUUUUUUAAUUUGCUAUGGUGUUUAUAACAAAAAAGAAAACUGAAAAAAAAAGUGAAGUAGCAGAAGCCUUUUGCUGUGUGCUCUGUUCAGUGUAACGAACAUAGGUAUUUGCAAAAGACGACUAACGAUUUUGAUGGAAAUAUUGCUUACCUACUUUUCUAGGGGGGAAAUGCUCUGAAAACUGGUAAUUAUGCAUUUCUAAUGAAAUAAAAUGUAUUUAUGACCACA